AGCGUGGGAACGGGAUGGGGGAGACGGAGCCAGAGGGAGCGCGGCGGCGGCUGCAACGAGCGCGUUGAGCUGGCACCAGGGAAUCGCCACCCACUCGCUCAUUCACACGGGCGGGAAGCGGAAUUCUCCCCCAUCUUUCUGUUUGGGCUGGCAUCUGGAGGAUCCGGCAUGAAGCGGGCGCACCCGGACUACAGCUCCUCCGACAGUGAGCUGGACGAACCCAUCGAAGUGGAGAAGGAGAGCGCGGACGAGAACGGAAACUUGAGCUCUGCUCCAGGUUCAAUGUCUCCAAACACCACUUCCCAGAUCUUGGCUAGGAAGAGACGCAGAGGCAUUAUUGAGAAGCGUCGCCGUGAUCGGAUCAACAAUAGCCUAUCUGAGCUGAGGAGGCUUGUGCCUAGCGCUUUUGAAAAGCAGGGCUCUGCCAAAUUGGAGAAAGCUGAAAUCUUGCAGAUGACAGUAGAUCAUCUGAAAAUGUUGCACACAGCAGGAGGGAAAGGCUAUUUUGACGCUCAUGCUCUCGCGAUGGACUACCGGAGCCUAGGUUUUCGUGAGUGUUUGGCUGAAGUAGCCCGCUACCUUAGCAUUAUAGAGGGGCUGGACAGCUCUGAUCCCCUCCGUGUCCGCCUUGUAUCUCACCUGAAUAAUUACGCCUCUCAACGGGAAGUGGCAAGUAGCUCACACAGUGGGCUUGGACAGAUUCCUUGGGGCAGUGCCUUUGGACAUCACCCUCACAUCUCCCAUCCUUUACUGCUGCCUCAGAAUGGGCGUACCGCUUCAAAUGGCACAGCAGCUUCUUCGGAAGGCCAUCACCAGAGCCGAAACGUGCCUCCCCAUGCUGAGUCAUCUUCACUGAGAGUGCCCCCUAAUGGCACCAUUGGACCAGUGCUCCCUGUGGUCACUUCUGCUUCUAAACUCUCCCCUCCCUUGCUUUCUUCCAUGGCCUCCUUAUCCGCAUUCCCCUUUUCUUUUGGUUCGUUCCACCUAUUGUCUCCUAAUGCUCUCAGCCCACCUGCAUCAGCACAGCCAGCCAGCCUGGGCAAACCCUACAGACCGUGGGGGACUGAGAUUGGAGCCUUUUGAGAACUAGAGUUGUGUGUGUGUGUGUAUGAGACUGUAAAUGUCCAUCUGAACUCUGGAGCUUCCAACUUCAGUUUGAACACUUUUAACACUUUGAUGUAAAAGGUACAGUUUCAGUUUUAACAGAAUUUGUACAAAAAAAGUGUUUCUCUUCUUCUCUUCCUCAUCAUUUAUUCUAGCAGACUGAAUGCAGAGGUUUAUCCAAAUCUUUAAAUCAUAAUAGAUAUUAAUUUUAAUGAAUUAUGCUGACUACUUUAUUAUGUUAGUCAUAUUUUCAAGUGAUCCCAUUUGUCUGAGAACACUGGAUUAAAAAAACCCUAGAAUUUCUGUCUAUGUUUUAUUUUUUUUCAGUGACAGGACUUUAACACACAUGUUGCUCUGAGUUUUACUGUAUUUCUGAGAUGUUUUUAAAAUGGAAAAUAUUUUGUUAGCUAUGUUCUGACUUCUAUAUCUCUGAACAAAACCAUUGACAAAUCAGAUGAAGUCACUGUUUCAAAAUAAGUGAAUUGUUGGUUUCUUCUAGUUCCCAGUACAACCCUUACUUUGAGUUUUUUUGUGCUAAAUUAUAUCACUUUUCAUGGGAACAAAAUUCUGCAAGAGUCAUAAAAAGUUUAUAGACUGAAGUUUUAACUCUCUGCCCAUUUUCUGCUUCUGCAAUUAAGGCCAUUAAAUGCAGUCAGAGUUGCUGCCUAAGUUCAAAUAAUUUAUUUCCCAUUGGAUUUAGUGUGCCAUUUAUUCAAUGAUCUCAGUUGGAAUUAAGAUCUCUAAUUUAAUCUGAAUCCAUUUCAGUUGCCUUCCUAGUUUUUAAAGACAGAGUCUUUAACAUUAAAGUUUCUUCAAGCUGGGUUUUUGAGAAAGAGACCUGCUGGUGCUGCAUUACGAAUGUCCUAUUUCCCAUUUACUUAUGAAAAUAUCUUAAUCAGAUGCUCCAGCUAGGAUUGCUAGAUUUCAAUCCAGUGAUCUAAUGGUUAGUUGAGAUUGGUAUCUACUUCAUCAGUUAAGUGUGAAUAAUUUAGAUAGCAUCUCACUCCAUAUGUUUAUUUUUAACGUGCUGAUAAAGCAGGACAUGAGGUCAUUCCAGUAGCUUUUUCCUGUUCUUCCCAAAUUCCUUUUGCCUGUCUCAUUUCUUUCACUAAACUUGGAAAUGGAAUCCUACUUAUGACUCCCCAAAACAAGAUGGUUUGAUGAACAGGGGAGAACUCACAGCUACUUUGUCUCCUGCUUCACUAGUGUAAAAAAACACAAACUCUGUAUUACAGUAUGUCAUAUACACUCUCAGAUGUAACCAUGGAAACCAUGCAAGGAUACUAUGGUGUUGGGUUCUCUUCAAUAGGCAAACUGAUCUCACCUUGGAAGAGAUACAAGAAGAAAUAGGGGGUUCCACUGGCAGUUUUGGUCCUACUGGUGAUCAGAGAAAGUUGGAUACUACCAGUUGUAAAUGUAAUCAUUCCUGAAAAAAAUAGGGAAAGGUAUAAGACAUUACUAGCAAAUGUUCAAAAAGUUAAAGGCUUUCCUUAAUAUCUCGGUGGUUCAGAACUGAAGCUUUAUUCAGUAGUGUUUUAGGACUUCCCAUGUUUAGAGUUCAUGGUUCUUAAUUUAUACAUUUAGUGUUCCAAAACGUUAUCUUGAGUUUCAAAAUUUCCUUUCAGUCCAUGACAAAACUAUAGAGGAAAUAUGACAUUUCUGCAUUUAAAAGUACAAGCAAGCUGAAUACUGUGAAUAAUUUAAAAGUAUUAUUAUUUGUUUAAAGCUGUAUAAUUUAUCCUUUUCACAUAACUGAAGCUUUUGCAUCAUAGAAUUUGAGAAUUUUACUGUGGGAUCCACAAAGUGGAUGAACAUUGAUUAACAACUUCAACAAAAAUGGUUACUAUACUGCAGAUACUUUUUUCUGUAUGAAAUGUAUUCACUAAACUUGGAGAAAGGAGAUAAACAAAAUAAAACUGAGGAUCUUAUAAAAGGAUUCCCUCAGUUUGGAAAGGACUCUUGUAUAUAUUUUGGGCUGGUUUUAUAAUCUAUUGUGUUCCUUAAAGACACUCAACAGUUCCACCAAAUUGGACUUGAAUACUUUUGUAUCUGUGUUGUGCCUAAAUAAAAGA